AUGGCACAGAUGGUAACAUUUUUUCAGAUGCUGUUAGUUCUGCUACUUCAUGAUUACAUCUCAGCUGAAGAUGGGGAAACAAGAGCAAGCUGCAGAACUGCUCCAGCGGAUUUAGUUUUUAUCUUAGAUGGUUCUUACAGUGUUGGCCCAGAAAACUUUGAAAUAAUCAAAAGUUGGCUUGUCAAUAUUACGAGAAAUUUUCACAUAGGGCCAAAGUUUAUUCAAGUUGGAGUUGUCCAGUACAGUGAUUACCCUGUACUUGAAAUUCCUCUCGGAAUUCAUGAGUCCACUGAGAACCUCAUCAGGGAAAUGGAGUCCAUACACUAUCUGGGAGGAAAUACAAGAACAGGAAGAGCAAUUCAGUUUGCCUUUGACCAUCUCUUUGCAAAAUCUUCGAGAUUUUUAACAAAAAUAGCAGUUGUUCUCACUGAUGGAAAGUCCCAAGAUGAAGUCAAAGACAUAGCAGCAGAAGCAAGGAAAAAUAAAAUCACUUUGUUUGCUAUUGGUGUUGGCUCAGAAAUUGAGGAGGAUGAACUUAAAGCUAUUGCCAACAAACCUUCAUCAACUUAUGUAUUUUAUGUUGAAGACUAUAUUGCAAUAUCGAGAAUUAAAGAAGUUAUAAAGCAGAAACUCUGUGAAGAAUCUGUUUGUCCGACAAGAAUUCCAGUAGCAGCUCGAGAUGAAAAAGGAUUUGACAUUCUUGUAGGAUUAGGUGUGAAGAAAAAGGUUAAAAAGAGAAUUCAAAUACCAACCACUAAUGCAAAAGCAUAUGAAGUAACCUCACGUGUUGACCUGUCAGAAUUGACAAGGAAUGUGUUUCCAGAAGGUCUUCCUCCAUCCUAUGUGUUUGUUUCCACUCAAAGAUUUAAAGUAAAAAAGACGUGGGAUUUGUGGAGAAUUCUGAGUCUGGAUCAGAGACCACAGAUAGCAGUGACUAUUAAUGGAGAAGAGAAAACAUUAUCAUUCACUACAACAAGUUUAAUAAAUGGCACACAAAUUAUUACUUUUGCAGCACCUCAUGUAAAG